CUCAGUGGAAGGGGCAGAGGCACGCACGGAGCGAGCGGUGGCUGUGAGGGGCAGGGCAGGGCACCCCCGCUGGAGUUCAGGCCAGCUCCGUGCCAGCGGAGCCGAGAGACCCCAGGUGCCCAGAGCGGGGGAGGGAAUUAGGCAACAAUAAGCAGCCGGCCAAGCCGCCGCGCCACUGCAGCCGAGCAGCACCUGGGGCAGGCGGACGGUCCCAAGUGAAGAGCAGCAGCAGCGAUACUAUGGAGCAGGAGAAAUAUCUGCCCGAGCUGAUGGCAGAGAAGGACAGCCUGGACCCGUCCUUUGUUCACGCAAUGCGCCUCCUGGCUGAAGAAAUUGAAAAAUUUCAGGGUUCUGAUGGGAAAAAGGAAGAUGAAGAAAAGAAAUACCUUGAUGUCAUCAGCAACAAAAACAUAAAGCUGUCAGAAAGAGUACUGAUCCCUGUCAAACAGUAUCCCAAGUUCAAUUUUGUUGGGAAAUUGCUUGGACCAAGAGGAAACUCCUUGAAGAGGUUACAAGAGGAGACAGGUGCAAAAAUGUCCAUUCUGGGCAAAGGUUCCAUGAGGGAUAAAGCUAAGGAAGAAGAACUAAGGAAAAGUGGAGAAGCCAAAUAUUCACACUUGAGCGACGAGCUUCAUGUUCUAAUUGAAGUGUUUGCUCCACCUGGGGAAGCUUAUUCACGUAUGAGUCAUGCCUUGGAAGAGAUUAAAAAAUUCCUUGUUCCAGACUACAAUGAUGAAAUCCGUCAGGAGCAGUUGAGAGAAUUGUCGUACUUGAAUGGUUCUGAAGAUUCAGCACGUGGACGGGGCAUUCGUGGAAGAGGAAUCCGGGUAACACCUGCAGCUCCAUCAAGAGGACGUGGGGGUGCGCUUCCUCCUCCCCAACCUGGGCGAGGUGCCCAAACACCUAGAGGAACACCAGUGACACGUGGAGCACUCCCAGUUCCUCCUAUAGCUAGAGGCGUUCCGACCCCUCGAGCAAGGGGAACUCCAGCAGUCCCAGGCUACAGACCACCCCCUCCUCCGGCUCAUGAGACCUAUGAAGAAUAUAGUCCAGAAAAGCCACAGCCCCUUCAGUCAAGGUGGAAGACUAUGAUACUGAUUACAAGACAAGGUGCCGAGACCUACCCCAGCCUUUCUCCCCAAGUGGUUCGCAUCCAACGUCAACCAGAGAUCUUUCCUAACCUGUCUUCUUCCCAAAACCCAAUUCGUCUCUCAGGGAGCAACAGCGUACACUCUUGGACGUCUGUAGGGCAUCCUUUAUUAUAUGAUGCGACUAAGCCGUUCCGAAAACCCCUCCAACGUCUUCAUGCGGUAGUUGAACGUGUCAAAGGGUUGCCGUCUCAUCUCAAGAGGAUCUCCUCGUGGGUAACGUUCCUGGCAUCCGGAGCUGUUAUACUUGGCUCAAUGGCCCCUCCGAGCCACGUGAUGGCACACCUAGCAGGCGCUCAAGCCUCAUCGGCGGCUUUCUUUGCCACUGUGCCCAUCCAGGAAACUGUCGGGCAGCGACCUGGUCCUCCGUCCAUACCUCGCUUCCCACUAUGCCCGGUCCAAGCAGUUCCAGGAUGA